AUGUCGCAUAAAGGACGGUUUGAUUCAAGAGACAGACGCGGUAGCGGAUAUGGGGGUUCUCGUGAUGGCGGCUUUAAAGGCCGGGGUGGCUUCGGUGGAUCUUUUGGAUCUGAGGCUGGAGAGAAAAUGAGGAAACCCAAGUGGGACAUGUCUACCCUGCAGAAGUUUGAAAAGAACUUCUAUCAGGAGCACCCAGCCGUAACCAACAGAUCUCCGGAGGAAAUCAGAAUGUUUCACAAGGACAAGCAAAUCACCAUUGUCGGACCUGAUGUUCCUAACCCAAUCUUCACAUUUGAGGAGGGUAAUUUCCCAGACUAUGUGAUGAGUCAGAUCAAGAGAAACAGCUGGUUGGCACCCACAUCUAUACAAAGCCAGGCCUGGCCCAUUGCCUUGUCUGGGAGGAACUUGGUUGGAAUUGCACAGACUGGAUCUGGCAAAACUCUAGGGUUCAUGCUGCCUGGUAUUGUUCAUGUAAACCACCAGCCUUAUCUGGAACAUGGUGAUGGACCCAUUGUGCUUGUACUAGUACCCACCAGAGAGCUGGCCCAGCAAGUCUUAGAGGUUGCUAAUGAGUUUGGCAGAGUCUCCCAGCUGCGGACAGCUUGUGUCUAUGGUGGAUCUCCUAAAGGACCACAGCUCCGGGAUCUUGAAAGAGGUGCUGAAAUUUGCAUUGCAACUCCUGGUCGCUUGAUUGAUUUUCUAGCUGCAGGUAAAACCAACCUCAGGCGCACCACAUACCUUGUCUUGGAUGAAGCUGACAGGAUGUUGGACAUGGGGUUCGAACCUCAGAUUAGGAAGAUUCUAGAACAGAUCAGGCCUGAUCGCCAGACAUUGAUGUGGAGUGCCACGUGGCCCAAGGAAGUUCGUCAGCUGGCAGAGGAAUUCUUGAACGACUACAUCCAGGUGAACACAGGCUCUCUGCAGCUGACAGCCAACCACAGCAUCCUGCAGAUUGUUGACGUCUGCCAGGAUCAUGAGAAGGAGGAGAAAUUAGUGAAGUUGUUGAAUGAGAUCAUGCAGGAGAAGGAGAACAAGACAAUUAUAUUUGUGGACACAAAACGCAAGGCGGACGAUAUAGCCAAGAGAAUGAAGAGAGACGGAUGGCCAGUCAUAAGCAUUCACGGAGAUAAAUCACAGCAAGAAAGAGAUUGGGCACUGAAUGGUAAAAAUCCUAUAUUGAUUGCCACAGACGUUGCAUCACGAGGUCUAGAUGUUGAGGACAUCAAGUUUGUCAUCAACUUUGAUUAUCCCAACUGCUCAGAGGAUUACGUGCACAGGAUUGGGCGUACGGGACGUGCCACCAAAACAGGGACAGCGUACACAUUCUUUACACAGCGCAAUGCCAAACAGGCGCCAGACCUUGUGAAUGUUCUACGGGAGGCCAAACAGGUCAUCAGUCCCAAGUUGCUUCAGUUGGAAGAGGGCUCAAGAUUCAUGAGAGGAGGACGUGGUGGUAGUCGCUGGAGGGGUGGCAGUGGUGGUGGAAACCGUUUCAGCAGUGGUGGUGGUGGCAGCAGUUACAGCAGUGGUGGUGGAUUUAAAUCAAACAGCUACGGCAGUGGGUCACAGAACAGUUACAGCAAUGGCGGCGGAUUCAAAUCCCAAAAUGGCUUCAGUAGUUCCAACAGUUACGGCUCCUCACAGAAUGGAUCAUCCAGUGGAGGAUUCAAGGGACAGUGGAACCAGGCUGGCUCUGGUGUCACUGCCUCCUCCCUAUCUGCUGUGCCACCCACAACCUUCUAG